GAGCAAUAUGGAAUCAGACUCAAAAGAAAAUGACCAUGGGUCUUCAGAGUGAUACCAUGAUUCUUUCUCAGAAGAAGCCAAACAGAUCAACUUGUCUCUAAGAUAUGAUACUGCAGAUAAUUUCGUUGGUUCAAGUAAGAACAUAUUCAUGUACUGCGACGAAAUGCCCCAAGAUCUCAGACUAAAACCCCACACCGUCAACAAGAAAGGAACAACAGUAACCAGAGACUCUGAAAACACAAAAUCAAGCAAGGACAGGCCCAAACACAAGAAGAGAUCCGAUCAGGAAGGAAGAAGAAGCUUAAUGAAAUAGAAGGAAUAGGCUUGCCAAUAUGUUUAUAAAGAACAUGAGCACGCAGAUGAACCAACUUAAGAUAGAGCAGUACGGAAGUGCAAGAGUGAUUGAUAAUGAGCUAGAGAAGUAUAGGUAUAAUAUUUAUUCAAUCUCUUUCUUGGCCAUUCUUGGUGUGCUGAUAUGAGGAGUAGAGCAAGAGUUGUUUAUUAAGUAUGGGAAGGAUCAUGAAACUACUGACCGGGUCAUUCUUUUAUCGGUUAAUCUAUUUAUUACUUUCUUAGUGAUUGCUUUAACAAUUAUGUCAUAUUUUCAAGAAGUGUUCAUCCGGAGAGCAGAAGGUGUCCUUCUUACUAUAGAUACCCUUGAUAAGAAGAGAAUCAUUUGAUUGAUCUUUGAAAUUGUACUCAAUUUAAUUCAUCCAAUGCCUUUCUUGGCGAAUACCACAUUUCAAGAGAAGAUAUAUGUUCUUGACAUCUCUCUUCCCAAGAGAUAUGAUUGAGUACUUUAUCUUGCAAUGCUUCACAUUCGUUUCUAUCAUUUCCUGCGACAAUUUUUGCUUUCCUCUGAUUUCAUGACAAACCGAGCCUUCAGAGUUUGUAAAAUAAGCAAGACCAAUUGCAAUUAAGAUAUGCUUCUCAGCCUGUUUUUGCUUAUCCACAUACAGAAAGAACUCAUCCAUCAGCUUACCGCUUUUAGGAUGAUACAGCAGGACUUGGUAUUGCUUCUCUCUAGCGUUAGGCUUAUAUAUCCUUAUGGAAAUUUGGACCUUCUUAGUGUUCUUCUCCUGUAUUAUCUUUGCUCCAAGUUUAAAUUUAUCCUUGACUACCACAAACUCUUGAGAGUAGAGGUACUGAUCUUCUGGAGUCUCAUUUGUUAUAGAAGGAAUGGCUCAUUCUUGUAAGGUAUAUUUAGGGAGGAAAUGAUUUUCUAUGUCCUCUCCUCCAACGACCUUCGAUACUUUGAGGUUAUCUUGCUUAGCAAGAAUUCCUCUAGCAUUAUGAGCAACUUCGUUAUAACUUCUAAUUAAAUUAGAUUUACCUUCUCUUUCAAGAAGGUUCUGAAAUUCAAUAUUCUGAGCCUGUGCUUCUGUGAGAAGUUCUUCAAUAGAGUUCUUACAAUUGGAUUCAGCUUCCAACUGAGUAUUAAAUUUUGCCUCAAACUGAUUGAUCCAGUCCUUGGCUCAUCUUUCGAAUUGAACUUUCAAAUUGGAGAGAUGCUUCUUAGAUCUCCCAACAUUUUUAAUGAGACAUCUAACAAAUUCUGACAUUGUUUUGCCAGCCCUCUGAGUUUCUCUUGUAACUGCAAGAUUGACUCCUUUUUGACUUUAAAAAUGUCUUCCAGAGAGACAAAAGAAUGUGUCUUGUGACUCUCACUCAGAAGAGCUCACCUGGAACAUCACAAGAUAUCUCACUCUUUGCAAUAAUAUUCAUCUGGGAGAUUAUGGAUCGGACAUCCAGUUACCUUGGGAGCUGGAGGAAAGGUAGUGACAUCCUGAACGAAUUCUUUGAGUUUUUCAAACAAUGGAAGCUUCUUCAAGUUCUUUUUGUGGAUAGUUCCUCUGCAAUUGGGACAAUUCACACUCUUCUUAUUGCUGAAUCAAGGUUGGAUGCACUCACUGCACCAAAUUAAGCUACAUUUGGGCACAUUUUAUGUUCUUUAUCAACCUGAUCCUUACAAAUCUGUCAAAUAAUGAGAUCUUCAAGGUUGGGUUUGGUGGUUCAACUAGCUACUUGUGAGUAGGAGCUAGCUUCAGCGUCAUCUGUCUCACUUUGCUUCUGCAAAGCUUUCAAAUCUCUCUUUUUUACCGACCGUAUCUUAAGCUUCAUAUUUAUUGUUAGUCC